AUGUUGAGUGCGUUGGCGAUAUUCAACGCAAAGGGAGAUGUGCUUAUAUCCAGGAUAUACAGACCUGACGUCAGACGGUCCGCAGCAGACUUGUUUCGUAUUCAUGUCGUUUCAAGCACAGAUAUUCGCUCUCCACUUCUCACCAUUGCCAACAUGACCUUUUUCCAUAUCAAACACGAGAAUAUCUUUCUAGUCGCCAUUACAAAAAGUUCCAGCAUCAAUGCGUGUAUGGUCUAUGAAUUUUUAAACAGGAUUGUUCGACUUGGUGUGAGUUACUUUCGUACAUUCAACGAAGAUGCUGUGAAAAGAAACUUUACCUUGAUUUAUGAACUAUUGGAUGAGAUUUGUGAUUUUGGAAUUCCACAAAACACCGAGUCGGAAACUCUCAAAAUGUAUAUUACGACUGAAGGAAUUCAAUCUGACCGAGCAGCUAAUGAUGGAUCUCGUAUUGCUAUUCAGGCUACUGGAGCCGUAUCGUGGCGUCGACCGGAUAUCAAGUAUCGCAAAAACGAAGUAUUUGUUGAUGUUAUUGAAAGUAUUAAUCUCAUCAUGAGUCCAAAAGGAACGGUUCUUAGAUCUGAUAUAUCUGGAAAAAUUGUCAUGCGAGCAUACCUUACCGGUAUGCCAGAAUGUAAAUUUGGGCUUAAUGACAAAGUGUUACUAGAAAAGGAAGGCAAGCCAGUGUCGGGCAACCCACACUCUUCAUCCACAAGCAAAGCCUCUACAUCAGUCGAGCUUGACGAUUGUCAGUUUCAUCAGUGUGUCAAGCUUGGUCGAUUUGAUUCUGAUCGAACCAUCAAUUUUAUUCCUCCAGAUGGAGAGUUUGAGCUCAUGAGGUAUAGGACGACGGAAAACAUUAGCCUUCCAUUCAAAGUGCAUGCGGUAGUGAAUGAACUUUCGGCCACACGUGUCGAGUUUCGAGUUGCCGUGAAAUCGCUUUUUUCCAGCAAGGUGUAUGCUCAAAACAUUAUCAUCAAAAUUCCAACACCUCUUAAUACUGCAUCGACAAAGAUUAAUGUGACGGCAGGCAAGGCAAAGUAUAAUGGAGCAGAGAACUGCAUGGUUUGGAAGAUUGCACGAUUUCAAGGACACGAUGAGACGCUGUUUAGUGCAGAGGCAGAGCUAACUUCGACAACUGUAAAAAAGGUGUGGUCGCGACCCCCCAUCUCACUUGAUUUCCAGGUUUUAAUGUUUACAGCAUCUGGACUGAUGGUUCGGUUUCUCAAGAUUUUUGAAAAAAGUAACUAUCAGAGUGUCAAAUGGGUACGAUAUAUGACCAGGGCAGGAUCGUAUCAAAUCAGAUUUUGAAAGGAUAAUCAAAGUAGAACUCGUUAUUGAUGAUGUUUUAGAUUUUUCAAAAUGAAUAAACCAAAGCCGUUUGAUACUUUAA